CUGAAGCUGAUAAAUCUGUUGAUGAUCCCGCCGAGACUGCAGCUCUGGUUUCUCCUCCAGACAGCGCUGAGGACAAACCCAAAGAGGAAGCUGUUGAGCAGAGUCCCCCUCCACCUGUGGAGCUGAGUGUGGAGGAGAAAACUGAUGACGAGGGCGUCGUCUCCAACAAGACCUCUGUGGAAUCGCUGAAGGAGACAAAUGAGAACAACAGCAACAGUGCUGACUUCAGUCAGAAGAAAGAUUUGAAGAGAAACAACAUCGUCUGGGACGUUCCUCUCGAGUGUCCGGUGUGAGAUAUCCACCUCUCUGACCAUGUGCCGUUCUUCAGGAAAUCGAUUGACGCAGUGACCGCAGAGGAAAACAUCGUAUUGGCUGUCAUCUCCUCCUUACACUCACAUUUAUUUUUUACAGAGCAGCUUUUUCAAAGUUAGUAGCAGCUGAGCUCAGCUUUUUGAGUAUUUUACUGAUAGUUGAAUUUCUGUCUAUUACAAAAGGUCAACAUUUACUAGAUGUAUCAUGGGUAAAACGUAUUUACCAUUUAUAAACAGAAAACAAGUGGUCGAUGAUAUGAUAUGAUGUUAUGGUAAUGGAUUUAAUGUCUAACAGCAUCAGUAUCCAGCGUUAGAAAUCUUAUUAAAUCAGUGUUAUCUACUUAUAAAUACCAAAAAGGAAGCAUUAAAGUAAACUGUUACUGGUACAACUUCACAAUAUGGUACAAAUUGUUUUUAUGGUGUUAUUAGUGAUUAUGAAUAGUUUAAAAUAUUGUAUUGUACACAAAUAAAUGCUGUUAUAAUUCAAUGUAAGUGUAAAUACAAGCCUUGGCAUAUUCACUGCCAGCUCCUUAGCCAAAGACUUCUUUAGUGUGACUAACCUAGACUUUUUUUUCUCAAAAUAACUUUUGGUAUGUAUUCAUAAAGUAUAAUUAAAUAAUAACAAUAUAAAAGUACAUAAAGAAGACGUGUUUAGGACUUUCAUAUUUAAAUAUAGUUAAUAAUGUUCUUGAAUCAACUUAAUAUGUUAUUUUUGUAGAUGCUACAUUUGGCUUUUCCAUGGCAUUGUAAUUGAAUUGUAUUAAAGUUUUCAUUGUGUUGAAACAUUUCUGAAAUGUUCAUGUCCUUUGAAUGUAUUAAAGAAAAGUAUUUUAAAUGUC